AUGAAAAUAAAUAAUUUAAUUUACAAUGAAGGUAAUUCAUCCAUUAAUGUAAAUUUAAAUAGUUUUAAAAAAUUAUUACAACCACCAAAAGAAAAUAUAAAUUUAGUAGCAAUGGAUGAUAAAACUAUUGAAAUACUUGGAUCGGAUGAUGAUAUUAGAAGAGUAUUAAAUUCAUUGAAAAUUCAAGUUGAUAAACAUGGUAAUUCAUUAAUUGAAUCUGAUAAAUCAAUUGGAAAAACAACAUUAAUUAAAAACUAUAGUCAAUUAUUUAAUGACCAGUAUGACCUAAUUACAAUGAUUCAUAAUGAAUCAAUGGAUAAAGAUUUAUCAACAUUCGCAAUGUAUAUUGAAAAUUAUGAAAAUGAAAAUAAUAAUAAUAAUAUUCAACUAUUUGAUAAAUUAACAAAUAUAAAUAAUUUACCAAUACUUGUAAAUGAAAAACUUUAUAAAUAUUUGAAUGAAACAAAUAAUAAUUGGUUAAUUUUAUUUGAUAAUGCAAAUUUAAAAAAUUUAAAUGAAUUUCAAAAAUCAGUACCUUUAAUUUUUAAUAGUAAUAACAAUUGUAAACAUCAUAUAUUAAUUACAACUAAAGAAUCUCAAUUAAACAAUAUUGAAGAUUUUAGUGAUUUAGUAUCAUUUACAUUAGAACCAUUUUAUGAAAGAACUAAAUCAACAAUUUUUAUUAAUAAUCAAACAAAUGAAAAUAAUUUAUUUUUUUAUAAUAAAAAUGAAGUUAUAAAAAAGGGGAUUAUUCCAGAAGAUGUUUCACAUUUAAUUUUAGGAUUAGAUUAUAAUUUACCAAUACCAGAUCAAUUUAUAAUACCAAGAUCAGUGGUUGAGAUAACAUUUGGGUUUAAUUAUAAUAUAUCAUUCUCUGAAACUAUUUUACCAAAUUCAAUUACAAAAUUAGUAUUAGGUCAUGGAUUUAAUCAAAUUAUAUAUCCGGGUGAUUUACCAAACAGUAUUAAACAUUUAGAAUUGGGUCAUUGUUUUAAUCAAAUUUUACAAGUUGGUUCAAUACCUUCAUCAACAACAUUUUUAAAAUUUUCACAUUGUUAUAAUCAAAAUUUAAAACCUGGUGUGAUACCAUCAAAAGUUAGAGUAUUAGAAUUUGGUCAUUGUUUUGAUAAAGUGAUCGGAAAGAAUACAUUACCAUAUGGUUUAUUAAGUUUAAAAUUUGGUAACUUUUUCAAUCAACCAAUUGAAAUUGAUGAAAUUCCAAAAACUGUUAAAUCAAUUCACUUUGGGUACUACUUUAAUCAACCAAUACCUGAAAAUGUAAUACCAUUCGGUGUUUAUGAUUUAACAUUUGGGUGGUCAUUUAAUCAAGUGUUAACAGAAGGUAGUAUACCAAACUCAAUUUGUAAUUUAAUUUUCAACGGAAUGUUUAAUCAAAUGGUAUCAAACACUAACACUAUCCCACUAUCAGUACAACAUUUGCAAGUUGGUAAGAAUUUCAAUCAGCCAAUUAACAAUCUAUCAUCAUCAAUCACACAUUUAACUUGGAAUAGUGAAUUUAAAUUAAAAGAAGACCAAUUACCAAUGACAAUUACUCAUUUAACAUUUGGUGAUAAUUUUAAUAAAUUGGUUAAAGGCCAUUUACCAAAUUCAAUAACUAGAAUUGAUUUUGGUAACUUUUUCAAUCACCCAAUUCCAAAGAGUUACUUUCCACAAUCUUUGACUCAAUUAAACUUAGGUUACAAAUUUAAUAAACAAAUUCAACCAUUUGUUUUACCACCAUCUCUAACUCAUUUAACUUUAUCAAAUGAUUAUAAUCAAAACCUAUUACCUGGAACAUUACCACAAUCUUUAAAAUAUUUAUCAAUGGGUCAAUCAUUUAAUAAACCUUUAGUUUUAAAACAAGGUUUGUUUUCAACAAUUGUUAAAUUUUUAAAUAAUCAAAAUAAUAAUAAUAAUAAUCAAAAUAAUAAUAAUAUUAAUAAUAGUAAUAAUAAUAUUAUUAUUAAUCAAAAUCAAAUAAUUAAUGAUAAUUUUAUUUCAUUACUUCCAAAUAAUCUUGAAAUAAUUUCAUUAGGUUGGAAAUAUAAUCAACCAAUUUUAAAAGGUAUUCCUGAAACUGUUAAAGAAAUUAGUUUUGGUCCUUUCUUUUCACAUCCAAUUCAAAAAGAUACUUUACCACCAUCUGUUAAAAAAAUAAAUGUUUUUGGUGGUAAAAAAAAUACUCAAAUAUUCGAUAAUAUUUGUAAAUCUAUUAAAAUUAAUUAUCCUGAUGAAUAA